AUGGCUCUAGAUUCAUCUAGUUUUGUAAAUCAAGCAUAUAUGGUCCUCUCAGACCCUAUUGAACGCUCUUCAUACUUACUCAAGCUAAGUGGGUGUGACAUGUCCAAUCAAGAUAAAUCCGGAGAGGAAACUCUGGAAUUUUUAUCCGAGAUGAUGACUCUUAAUGAAAACAUUGAGAAAACUAUUGAAACUCUAAAUAGUUUGGAUCUUUCAGAUGCUUCGCUCAAGGCUAAAUUUGAGGCAAAUUUGACCUAUCUCUACCGUGAUAUUUCUUAUCGUUUUGCUUCUGAAUGUAAAUUAUUGAAUACAUGUUUAAGGCAUCGUGAAUGGGCUAAUGCAAAGUUAGCUCUUUCUAGGGCUAAAUACUUUGGCAAAUUGCGAGAUCUUUUACAUGAAAUACGGCCACUUGUCCGACUAAAGAAUUUGAACGUUGAUAUGUACUAG